CAAUCAUUGAUGGUCACCGACGCUGUUCGUACAGUAUUCAUUAUUGUCCCGCCUAUGCAUCUCAAGCUUCUCGACUUUUACUCUUUCGAGCAAUCCAGAUGCUCAGUCAUCAUGAGUAUACCAAUGCUUUAGAAAGGACCUCUUUUGGUUUGCUCUCCUAUCAUUGACUACCUAGCCAUUACCUCUCUCUCGCCCCUCCUGUGAUGCUCUCCAUGCCGCUAUCUUAACCGUAUCGCUCCUUCAACGUGGUGCACUGGCGAGAUGUCGGCUCUGCACUCGGCCUUGAAGGCUCUUUCACCCUGCGACUGGUCUGAUAUUCCUCAAAAUCCAGAUGAAUUAGAUUCUUUUCUAGCCGACCUCUUCUCACAGGCCCAAACCGUGAUCGAGUCUAUCCCUAUUCCUGACCCUGAUCCUUCUCACCGCGAUCGUGCGCAUACCACAGGCUCAAUAGCCUCUCGCGCCUCCGAAAUCAGACCCUCUUCAGCUCGAAGUCCGCCACCGCCGUCCGAGUACGCAUCGCUGCAGAAAGAAUGGGGAAAGCCAAUCAAACUGUCUGCGAAAGAGAACCCUCUAGGAAUUUCAGUCUAUAAAGCCAGCAGCAAAGACGGGAAAGGUGCAUGGUUCGCGCGUCGAAGCGUCCAUGAAGGCCUAGGUUUCAGUAGGUUCAAGAAAGGCUUUGAAAGAGAGUUCCCUACCUCGUUGGCAGUACAAGGUGCCCCUGGGGAAGGCAAUAUCAGAGGCAUUGGCGCAGAUCAAAGAGUCGAAGAAAUUAGCAUUCCUAAUAGAGGCACGGUCGAGGUUUACAAGCUCAGUGCCCAGUUCCCUGGUCCAACGACACCUCGGGACUUUGUGACACUCCUAGUCACAUCGUCAAAGGCGUUGACACAGCAUGACAAUUCUCAUGAACUCCCUCCCCGACAUUAUAUGAUCAUUUCUAAACCCUGCAAUCACCCCGAGACCCAACCCGGAAAUGGGUUCAUCAGAGGCCAGUAUGAAUCUGUAGAGUUCAUACGUGAAAUUCCUCGAAAACUCAAGACCACUACCUCAUCAACAGAUCUAAGUCGUUUGGGUCACCAUGAGGGUUCAUUGGAGAAGGAUGUCUUGAAACACAAUGCUGAGAAGCACCAGACUUCCGAACAUGAUUCUCAUAUCGACAAACACCUUCAGGUUGACACGCAUGGAUCUCGGGGCCGGGAUGUUUCUCCUGGUAGGAAGAGGGGUGCCACAGUCGGCGCAGCUCUCAGCUCAAGUCCUGCACCACAUUCAAGCCAACAGUAUGACCCCGAAGAUCAUCCAGUCGAGUGGAUCAUGGUUACCCGAAGCGAUCCUGGCGGUAGUGUUCCUCGUUUCAUGGUCGAGAGAGGGACUCCUGGAAGCAUCUGUACGGAUGCGGUAAAGUUUCUCGACUGGGCCUGCCAGAGAGAGGAAGACGACGAAUUUCUGGACAAGUCCCCUUCUAGACCUCAAACUCGUCACAGAGAGAGUUUCGCGAGCUGGGAAGCAAAUGGUACCCUCGCCGGCAUCAGGGAGCACGAAGAGGCAUCCACACCGAAAGCAGAAGCAGUCGAUGUGGAACGGCCAUCGUCAUCAUCUUCGGGUCUGGUGGCAACAGUCGCCGAGGCGCUGAACCAUUACACACCUCAAGUGGUCAAAGAUCAUGUUCCCAAUUUGACUCCACUGACCAGUCCCCCGUCAGAAGCCACACCGGCCGAGCCACACUUUCAAACGGUUGAAGAUCAAGAUGAUGACGAUGCUUCAUCAACGGUAUCAACUCUAUCCUUCGCCUCUGCGGAUUCACAUCUCAAUUCAGACGAGGAUCCCUCAAUCUCUUCAAAGUCUUUAUCUGAGAACACCACGGAAAGUCAGUUAAUCUUGCAACAUGAUAAGGAGCUUGCGAGGCUCGCGGAACGUAAGGCAACCUUGGAUUCGAAAUUUGCUCAACAGCGUGAAAAAAUGUCAAGUCAGGCUUCGAAAGACAACAAAAAGGAACAUGAGGCCAUUAAAAAGGCACAUAUCAAGCACGAGAAAGAGCUCAAAAAACACGAAGAAAAGUACAACAAAGAAGUGGCCAAGUUGGAGCAGAAAACGAAGAAGCAGGCGAAAAAGCUAGCCGAGAAGAAGCGGAAACAGAGCGAGAAAGACGAAAGAGUUCGUCUCACUCGAGAACGAGACGAAGCCAGAGCAGAACUCGAGCUUUUGAAGUCUGAACAAGAGAUCUAUACCCGUCAAAUCGGCGAGCUCCAGAAAGAAAAUACGGCGCUUAUGGCACAUAUUGGCAGACUUGAAAGUGGAUAUACUCCUGAUAGUCCCGGUAGCAGUCCGCUCAAAUUUAGAGCAAUGACCAUGGGACAUGAGAGUCGAAACCGGAGUUCAAGUGUUCUGAGUCGAUUCAAGAACAAGAGUGAGUCAGGUAGUGAAGGAUUAUGAGGAACGGAGUACGAAUGAUUGCACUGAGCGGGCGUUUCUCUGCAUGUGCUUUCUGGGGGGGUUAUGAUACGAAUCAACCAAUGUGUAUAUGCGUUCAUUUGUGUGCUUAAUUAUCGUCAGGCCAAGGGCAUAUAGUUCUAUGGCAAGGCUUUUCAAAAGUAUCUCACGGUCAUCGGUAGAGGUGACCAGGCUGUGGAUUUGAUUCCUAUAUGAAACGAGUGGCUUGCAAGCAUGACACGAUCAUGUGUUGAC